UUAGCUUUUUUAAUUUUCAUUAUUUAGUAACAGCAAAUUCCUUAACAGUUGCCAUGUGUUCCCUCAGUUUGACAGUGAAAUGAAGCCAUCAGUGUGGUCUGCACCACUCAACCCUCUUCAUGUUAACAAAGCUCCUACUGCCAAACAUAACGAUAACCGAGCAACUUGCCCAUCUAUGCAAAAGCUCACCGCUGGGCAACAGAGUUGCCAAUAGGAAUCAUCACAAAAACGCAUAGCCAACAAUACCGCUACGUUUAAUGCUGUUUUCUCUUAAUUUAAGGGCAUACAUUUAAGAGUAUGCCACAAAAGGAUGUACUACAGGUCCUUUCUAUUGAUUUUCCACAGCAAUACAAAAGAAAAUUGAGGAAAACAAAAUUGACAGUUGGCCAGUGUCAGAUGGAAAAUGACAAAAUAAGCAACAAAAACGAAAAAAAAGGAUCCAAGAACUUUUCUAAAGAGUAGACACAGAAUUGCAAUAAAAAUAAAAAAGGAAUAAAUUUAAAUUUUAUUUUGUGCAAAUAUGAAAGGACUUUAAAAGUCGUAAAUCAAGAAAGUGUGUGUGUUUGUAGUUGUAUAGCAUUAUUAGUUUAUAAAUAAGAAGAAAAGUAGGAAAAAUUCUGACAAAAACUAAUUGAAAGAUUGAAUCUCAGAAAAGCCAUAUUAAAAAAUACAAAUUAAAAAAAAAUCUACAGUUCUUGUUAAGGAGGUGGGGAUAUAAGAAGAAGAAGAAAAACAGUGCUUUACAUGCAAUAACAUUAUACAAUUUGAUGGUAUCAGCCUAGAUUUAUGCAAAUUUUUUGUGUUUUGAAAAUCUGUUCAAGGAUUUUUCCUACCUACCCGACCGACACAUUGGUACAUAUGUGUGCUUAAGUGUGUGUGUGUGAGUGUUUGAUGUUUUCAUCGGAACAAGGAAAUACAGCAGUGUACAGGAUAAGCGAAUGAACCAAGGGAAACUUUCAAUCACGCACAACGUCAACAUCCCGUGGCCGCUGUCGUCGUCUUCGUCAUCAUCGUCUGCAAAGUUUUUGCUUGCCCCCCGCGCUGUUGUUUUCAAUUCAAAAAAUAAUCAAAGCAUUCACAUGUGAAAACUUCAUUCACUUGGUAGUCGACUCUAAGCUCCCAUUAUUAAAUCAAUAUUCGGCUCAUUAAAACCAAGUCUCGCUAAAGCAACCAACGAGGGCUACGUUGCCAAGGGUUACUUUGCUGCUGUUACUUCAAAUUUAAAGUUUUUCUCACUCUCUCUAGCAGUUGUUCGAGCAGGGAAGAGGAGACAACAUAUGUUGUAUUGAAAAUAUUGGAGGACCUAGAUUACCGCCGCCGCCGCCAACGUCACUCAUCACAUCGCGAACUAUGUAUAAAACCAUAAGGCACGGAGAAAAUAGUUUGCAAUAUACUAUUCUACCACAGAAUGAUGAUUUCCGCCUGGAGGGCAAAAUCAAGUCAACGGGCAGUUCCAAGAAAUGCAAAAAUAAACGACCUCGCCGCAGAUCCUUCUUUGCCUACUUGGGUCUGCUGUUUGUUUGCACCGUAAUCAUAGGAGCUGUUUUGGUGCCAUUCUUGGUAUCGGCCGAGUGUCUGCCCAAUCCUGCGGAAUGGUUUUUAAAAACCAAGGCCGCCUUUACCAAAGCAGCAGGUGCUGCCGAUACCAGCCACACCAGUCAUCCCUUGGAAAAUAAAGAGUCAGCGCAUUCCACAUCACAUGCGGGCAAUGCCUUGGCCAAUUCCAUGCUAAACAAAGGCAAUCUGUUGGCUUUGAACAAAGCCAAUGUGGGCAAGCCGGUGAAAAUUAUCAACAAGGAUGGAGUGGAGAAGAUUAUACUUAAGGUCAAUAAAACGUCCAUAUCCAGCAAUACCAAUGCAAACGAUGACAAUUUAAUAUCAAAUCAAGCUGCUGUUGCUGCUAAAGACCAAGUCACAAUUUCAAAUAACUCUGAUGGCAACUCUAAUGCGGUGAUCACAAAGGAAACGGAAGUGCAAGAGAAAAUCACCAUACAUGAGUUGAGCGAUGUGGCAAAAAAUAUCAUUACAACUCCAGCCGCCGCCCAAAUAGAAAAGGAUGAAGUAACACAAAAACCUAUGCCCGCCACCUCAGUAAUGGACUCAAUGCCAGCGGCUGCCACCACGAUGGCCACUUUAAUGGCUAUGGCGCCAAAUCGUACUCUUUCCUCGGCUGCCUUGCCAAAUGUACCAAGGGCUUCUUUGCAAUCAUCGCUAAAUCAGAAUGCCAGCAAUUCCUCCUCGUCCUUGUUGUCCUCUUCAUCAUCAUCGUCAUCUUCUACACAGCCCACUAUAACGACACGCAUAAUGCAGGUGCCUCUGUUAAAAUCAACAGCCAAGAAACCGGCCAUACCGCCUGUGCUAGUGAAAAAUCUUUCACCUGUACAACAGCCUACACCAGACAGCAAUAGCAACUUAAAUGAUAUCAUACCUUCGAAGACCCUUCAAACUGCAGAGAGUGUUGGAGCAAAUGGCAUGACAAUUGCCGGAAGUGGAAAGGAAGCCAGCAAUAAUAACAACAACAACGAUUGGAUUCAUACACACUGGCCCUAUAUUGAUCCAUCCACCUAUUUCCAAUGGAAUGGCUAUAAAACCGAGGAUAGCGUUUUAUUGCCAGCCCUAUUGGGUUUUGCUUUAAUUGGUGUCAUUCUAAUCAUAACGGUCUGUUUGGUGGCACGCAACAAAAGGACUAUUGUCACUUCCGUCAGGAAACGCAAUCGUAAUGAUAUUGAGGAAACUGGAGCCGAAGAUAAUACCACCUUAUUAACCAACUCAAAUUUAUCGGAUGAAGAUUAAAUGCAACAUCCCCAAAACAUUCAACACCCAACAUUAGAAAAAUGAGGUGACUAAACCUAAACCCUACACUAAUUUGAAACAUUUAAUUUAAAAAAAUAUGGAAUUCAUAAAAAGUUUUAAUUUUUCGCCUUAAAUAUCAUCAGUUUUAUACUAAAUAAUUGUCUCUAAGACAAAUAAGUUGAAAAUGAUGACCGGUGCGUUUGAAAAGGUUUUUAAGAUCUCCAUGGAAAUUUUGUUGUAA